AUGGAGGACGAGUCAGAUCUGUGGAGGGCGAGUCAGGUCUGUGGAGGACGAGUCAGGUCUGUGGAGGGUGAGUCAGGUCUGCAGAGGGCGAGUCAGGUCUAUGGAGGACGAGUCAGGUCUGUGGAGAGUGAGUCAGGUCUAUGGAGGACGAGUCAGGUCUGUGGAGGGCGAGUCAGGCCUAUGGAGGACGAGUCAGAUCUGUGGAGGGCGAGUCAGAGGGCGAGUCAGGUCUAUGGAGGACGAGUCAGGUCUGUGGAGGACGAGUCAGGUCUGUGGAGGGCGAGUCAGGUCUGUGGAGGACGAGUCAGGUCUGUGGAGGGUGAGUCAGGUCUGCAGAGGGUGAGUCAGGUCUAUGGAGGACGAGUCAGGUCUGUGGAGAGUGAGUCAGGUCUAUGGAGGACGAGUCAGGUCUGUGGAGGGCGAGUCAGGUCUAUGGAGGACGAGUCAGAUCUGUGGAGGGCGAGUAAGGUCUGUGGAGGACGAGUCAGGUCUGUGGAGGGUGAGUCAGGUCUGCAGAGGGCGAGUCAGGUCUAUGGAGGACGAGUCAGGUCUGCGGAGGGCGAGUCAGGUCUGUUGAGGGCGAGUCAGGUCUGUGGAGGGCGAGUCAGGUCUGUGGAGGGUCUGCGGAGGGCGAGUCAGGUCUGCGGAGGGCGAGUCAGGUCUGCGGAGGGCGAGUCAGAUCUGUGGAGGAUGAGUCAGGUCUGCGGAGGGAGAGUCAGGUCUGAGAGCGAGUCAGGUCUGCGGAGGGAGAGUCAGGUCUUCGGAGGGAGAGUCAGGUCUGCGGAGGGAGAGUCAGGUCUGUGGAGGGCGAGUCAGGUCUGUGGAGGGUGA